AGGACGGGCGACGUACAAAAUAGAGCUCAACUUACAUUGUACAAUCCUGUCUUGGGUACGGAGUAUAUGUAUCUAGCAGGAACAUAUCCACUCCACAUUGCUUGUUUAAAUGGACAUGAGAAUGUAGCGCACAUUUUGAUCAAUAGCGAGGCAAAUGUUGACGACAAAAGUGAAAAUGGAACAACAGCUCUUUUUCUUGCUUCUGCUAACGGACAUGAAGCUGUAGCCUCACUUCUGAUCAAGAGUGGUGCAAGUGUUACAGCUGAGAGAAAGGACGGACGGACGGCACUACAUCGAGCUUGUGAUAAUGGGCAUGACUCUGUAGCCGCACUUCUGAUCAAGAAUGGUGCAAGUGUAACAGCUGAGGACAAGGACGGAUGGACGGCACUACAUCUAGCUUGUUUGUAUGGACAUGAAUCUGUAGCCGCACUUCUGAUCAAGGAUGGUGCAAGCAUUACAGCUGAGGACAAGGACGGAUGGACGGCACUACAUCUAGCUUGUUUGUAUGGACAUGAAUCUGUAGCCGCACUUCUGAUCAAGAAUGGUGCAAGCAUUACAACUGUUAAUAAGAACAGACGGACGGCAUUACAUCGAGCUUGUCGGAAUGGACAUGAAUCUGUAGCCGCACUUCUGAUCAAGAAUGGUGCAAGUGUUACAGCAGAACAGAAGGACGGAAGGACGGCAUUACAUCUAGCUUGUGACAAUGGGCAUGAAUCUGUAGCCGCACUUCUGAUCAAGAAUGGUGCAAGCAUUACAGCUGUUAAUAAGAACAGACGGACGGCAUUACAUCUAGCUUGUAAGAAUGGACAUGAAUCUGUAGCCGCACUUCUGAUCAAGAAUGGUGCAAGUGUUACAGCUGAGGAAAAGGACGGAUGGACGGCACUAUAUGUAGCUUGUCACAAUGGACAUGAAUCUGUAGCCGCACUUCUGAUCAAGAAUGGUGCAAGUGUUACAGCUGAACACAAAGACGGAUGGACGGCAUUACAUCUUGUUUGCCAGAAUGGACAUGAAUCUGUAGCCGCACUUCUGGUCAAGGAUGGUGCAAGCGUUACAGCUGAAGACAAAGACGGAAGGACGGCAUUACAUCUAGCUUCUCAGUACGGACAUGAAUCUGUAGCCGCACUUCUGAUCAAGAAUGGUGCAAGUGUUACAGCUGAGGACAAGGACGGAUGGACGGCACUACAUCUAGCUUGUGACAACGGACAUGAAUCUGUAGCCGCACUUCUUGUCAAGGGUGGUGCAAGUGUUACAGCAGUAACGACACAUGGAGUGACGGUACUACAUCAAGCUUGUCAGAAUGGACAUGAAUCUGUAGCCGCACUUCUGAUCAAGAAUGGUGCAAGUGUUACAGCUGAGGACAAGGACGGAUGGACGGCACUACAUCUAGCUUGUCAGAAUGGGCAUGAAUCUGUAGCUGCACUUCUGGUCAAGAGAGGUGGAAGUAUUACAGCUGAGGACAAGGACGGAUGGAAUAAAGAGUAAAUAAUAGCCAACUUUAGUACUACUAUUACAGUCUGAAGUACGUGUAACACAUGUGGCGUCUCCUUGGGCAAGUGACUUUGUUCGAAUUGUGCCUCUUUCCACCCAGCAGUGAGCGGGUACCCGGUAGGAUGAGAUGGCAAUGUGGUUGUUAACCUUCUAGCGGCUUACAGGUACUUUUGAUUGUCUACUCUCCAUUGAGCUGAGAAUGAUUUUUGAGUGAAGACUUUUCAAUGUCUAAGCUUAGAGUAUGCUUGUGCAUGGAGAACAGCGCCAUACAAAUAACGUGGAUUUUAUGUCCGCUUUCGGGUUUGAUUUUUAUUUGUUGCAAGAAGGUGAUAGGAGUUGCCUACCAUGUCAGUUUUCGCAACUGUCCUUGUUUCAUGCACAGAGGUUCAUAUAAAACAUGAAACGUUCCCUUAAAUACUUGUCUGAUUUGUAUUACUGUUCAAUGCUUUGAAUAGUAAAAAGAAAUAUUCAGAGAAUGUUUUUGGUGCCCUUCAGCUAAAUUACAAAAUGUUAUUGAGUUACUUGUGUCUAAUACCUGAACAUGACCUUCUUUCAGUUAUGUUAUCAAUGUCAAAUAUUGAGUUAUAGAUUCAGUGCCCAGGGGACGCAACUCUGAACAGCAAAUCGCAGCGCAUCCGUGCCCCCCGAGUUAUAGAUUCAUGAUUGAAAUCAUUCUUAUAGCGCCCAAUAAUUGCUUUUAUCCUAUGAGUCAUAACUGGUUUUGUAAAACUCAAACUAAGUGCAUACUUUUAGAAAAUAAAUACCAUGUUGAACAUUU